CUUAAAGUAACGAUGCCCUAGUUAUCCGGCUGUCCUUGGCCUUUGACGGACUAUGCCCCAUGAUCCAUGUGUCCGCUACGUGCCUGCACAACAUGCCCCGUUACUGGUAAGCCUUGCUCUUUUACUUCACACAUCACACAACCUUCUUAAGCUCACGUUACAUAGAUACUGUCUCUCCUCACCGAAAGCAUUGCCUCAAUCACCUCGCUCUCCCAACACCUCGACUACUUCUUACAAGGCAUUUCAACACUAGGAAGCAACUUGCGAUGAGUUAACUGUUACACGUUAAGAAGCGCGUGUGAUGUCGGAGACCAAGCCACCAUGGCCGCGUCUGCUUCGCGACGGGCUCGCUGCUCAGCAUGCAGAUGGCUCAUUCUCGUGUACUAAAUGCAAUAAAGUAUUUCACAGCAAGUAUUUUUACAAGCACAACUGUUCCCUAGUCCACGUGCCGCUGGAGCCGUCAUGUGUGGACAGCGACCUAACAUGCAACACAGAUUAUGCUUCCUGCUUGGAUUUACUAGGCGAUGCAGUCGCAGAUAAGCUUCUUGCAUACCAACGUGACCUGGCGCAACGCUCAGUCCCGAUGAUGGCGCGCACCAAAGACCUCAGGGCCGUGCUCAUACAGCUGCGCAUACCAUUUGCCGAUGCCGUUUUCCCACAAGGCCAACCCUCCCCGCCGCCUGCUGCUGACAACUCGCCUCUUCCUAACAGCCCCAUGCUAGUGGAGACACGCUCCCCGCAGUCCCAGCCUUCACCGAUGGACGUCAACAGCCCAGAGGUAGAAAUGCGCUCUCCCGCUAGCGACCCAUCCAGCAGUGCGUCCCCCAACGUCUCAUCCACGUCUAAUAACGGAAGCGAGGCCGAAAGCAGUGGUUAUGACGACCACGGGGCAAGCCAUUCUACUGUUAGCGACAGCGUCGACGGGGAUGGCAGCGAGGAUGGCUCGCAUGGCCGCAGCAGUCCCGGUAGCAUGCAAGGAGGAGCUAGCCAUUCCACGGGUACCAGCGGCGGCAGCGGCAGCAGAGGUGGUGACAGUGGCUCACUCCAUGACGACAGCUUGCUUGGCGGUGCCAGCGAUGGUGGGGAUGGCAGUGAUGGCCGCAGCGACCAUGCUGCUAGCAUGCUGGAUGAGGAUGACCCGAACACGCUGCUUGGAGAAGACCUCCUCGACCAAACCGGAACUGAUGACGACGGUCUUUCUUCCGUCAGCAACCAGUCGGAGGACCUCAACCUGCCAGGCGAGGUCGACCCUUACGCGUACAUUCGCAGGAUUCUGGGUCUUGACCAUGCGCCGGAGGGGGGGGCUGGCGUCGAAACCCACCCCGCGGCUGCAGCCACUGGAGGGGACCGCUGUGCGUGUGGUUGCGGCGGCCCACCAAUUAAGCCAGGCGGCAUCAGCUGGUUCCGCCACGGCCUCGGUCUCCCCGUUUGCAAGGGUGCCGAUAGAGACGGUGCGCCGAACCCUAGUACCGUAACUACCCGCGAGUUCGUCGCGGCUCUCCUGCAAUUCCAUCUGCGGAACCACAUUCCCACAACGGUCAUGGAGACCUUGCUACGCUUGUUUGCUAGCGUUGUCCCCGGUCCGCACUUCAUUCCUCCUUCACUGUACAUGCUGUCACAGCUCGCCGGUGUCCCUGACUGGCACCAGUUCCAGCAGCACCUCUGCUCUACCGAGGGUUGCCCUGGCCAUGUAUUUGAGCCAGAGCCAGAUCCCGCCAAGUGGGAGCAGCUACGUGACGAGUGCUGCCCACACUGCCAGACACCGCGCUUCAAGUCCGUUUACCUUGGGAGGCAAGGAGCGUCUUGAACCCCGGCGGUGGUCCAUCGACUUCGGCCUGGAAAAUAUUAUCCGCGAGCAGUUUUCCAGUCCGAGCUGCACAACCAGCAGCGCGGGCGAUGCCGGGAUUGCGGAGAGGACAGCAAUGGCAGCAGCUACUACAACGCUCCGGCCUUUCGUAAACUGGCUCUCGCCACCGACCACGAGGCCCAGAAGGCGACGGCCUCGACCUAUGACCUGUUCUUCGACUUCCUAGAGCCCUUUAAGGGGAGUCCUUACUCGGUCGGAGUGCUUGCGGUUCGUGCGUGUGAUGUGGCUGCCAGGGACAAGGGGAAGUCGCAGUUUGUCGCCAUAUUAUCCAUCAUACCCGGCCCCAGGCAGCCUCCCGUACUCACUCCCUACCUCACUCCCACAAUAGACGCCUUCCGCCAUCUAUUGACAAACGGGAUGGGCGUAACGCAGUCCUGGCGAGACAAGCUCAGCGGUAAUGUCGUCAGCGAGUCAUUCGUACACAGGGGCUUUCUAUCCGCCGUGCUGGCCGACACACCCGCGCGCAUCAAGUGCGCCCUUCUCGCGGGUGUCGGUUCCUACAUAGGCGCGUGUAGCUACUGCUUCUUCCAGGGCACGUAUGUCCGCAAGCCCGGUGCCAAGGUCGGGGCCAUGCGCUACCUUGGUUACGAGCAGCCCGUGCCGCAAACAAUCAGGUUUGGCGGGGAGCCGAUGCUGGUAGGGGACCAUCGCCUCCUGCUAGACGACGCAGGACAGCGGCAGCGUGCUCGGCGUGUGGCGGCCCGCGCCUCAGCGGCUCUGGCUGCCCGUGGUACUCCCGAGGCCGGUCCUUUGCGCAAGAAGCUCGAGCUUUCCAUCAAGCACCAUGGCUGCAAGGGGGAGUCUGCCUUCACUUCCCUUCCGUAUGUCAACAUGCAGGACCUGUUCCUCGUGCCCGUCGCCCAUGCCCUUCUCUAUGGCGUUGUCGCUAACUUCUUCGAUGAUAUCUUCCGGAAGCCAGCUACGGAUGAGGAGAAGGAAUUCACAGUGGCAGAGCGUGACAUCCGCUCCAUCAGGGAGAGAUCGUCGCAUAUCACGGUAUCCUCCGACUUCGGUCGCGCAUACCGUUGUAUCAUAGUGCACAGGGGCGGGUACCUGCUGGAGGACUGGCUGCAUUUCUGUGAAACCUUUUCGCAUUACAUCUUCCGGGAUGUAACGCGGAAUGGGAUCAAGUCACCUGUUCUACCGCCGCCAGUCCGGGAGAUGUGGCAGCAUCUGCAGGCUGCAGUUGGUCACUACUUCAGGCCGCUGCACUACAAGACCCGUGCCGACUUUGUUGCCGCCUCCAGGGCGGCGCACGAGAGCCUCGUCCAGUUUGCGAAACUUGCGGAGAGGCGUGGCUUCCCCGGUCACACCUUCUCGGUUAACCUGCACAUAUGCAUUUGCAGGCUGCACCUACAGGAGAAACAGCGUGGGGCGGUUGCCGCGGACUUGGAGUUUGCAGUGGAGCGCGUGAUGCAGCGCUUCAAGCACAUUGCGGGGUCUCAUGUAUCAGCACGGAUAGAAGCUCGUUUCGCCAAGCAGCUGCUGCUGGGGCUUGCCCUCGACCGUGUAGCGCGCGAGAACCCCAGCAUGCGUACCUUAGACGACAUCCUAGGUAUCCAGGAGCGCAAGUACAGCGGGCCGCAUUACGACAGCGACGAUGGAUCUGGGGUCCUCCUGCGCGGAGCAGGUAUCCACUUCUGCUGUUUUAACGUCUCCAUUCGACCGCCUAGCGGCGCUCGAGGGG